AUGAGUCAAGAAGAGAACAUGGUUUACGACGGAGAAGUGACGCAAUCUUUAAACUUGUCUAGCGAUCUUGCACAAGUUGUCGAGGACAACGAUGAAUCGAAGUUGCCAAGGAGAAGACUAAACAAAAAUUGGAUUUCUGUUCCUAAUUUAGUAGACGAAGACGAAGAACAAGUUCUUGAUGAUGGUAUUGUGGAACAACCUACGGCUAAUUUGAAUGACAAAGUAGAGAAGAAGAGACAGAGGAAGAGAGAUGAGUCUGGUCUUGAGAAAUCGAAGAAGAAGCAAAAGUCGGAUAAUUCGACAGAGAUUAAAGAGAUGUGGGAUUCAAUUACGAACGACUCCAAGGAUGAUGAUGGUGAUAAGGUCAAAGAGAAUCGUCCUAAGAAAUAUGAAGAGAUAGAUAAACUGUUUAGGAUGGGGAGAAAGAAGAGCAAAAAGGAGAAAGACGAGUCUGAGAUUGCGAUGCAAGUAGAAAAAGUGAUGGCGACUCUUGAAAUCGCGGUGGAAGACGAUGUAGAGCUCAACAAAAAAGGAAAACCCGCCAUUACUAAGCUCAUGAAGUUACCUCUUCUCAAUGAAUCUCUCUCAAAGAAACAACUUCAAGCUACGUUUUUAGAUCAUGGAGUACUUAACCUUCUCAAGAACUGGCUCGAGCCGCUUCCUGAUGGUAGCUUACCGAAUAUAAACAUCCGCGCAGCUGUCUUGACGAUUCUCAACGAUCUACGUAUCGAUUUAGAUCAAAACUGUAGAAGAGAACAGUUGAGCAAGAGCGGUCUCGGGACGGUCUUAAUGUUCUUAUCAAAAUCAGACGAAGAAACUACACCGAAUAAGAGACUCGCUAAUGAAUUAGUGAACAAAUGGAGCCGUAUCAUUUAUAAUAAGAGCACAAGUUAUGAGAACAUGUAUACUGAGGAGGAACAAGAAGAGAAUCAGCAAAUUCUUUUGAAAAGACAGAACAAGACAGCUCCUAAGGUGUCUGAAACAAAAGCUAGAGACUUUGAUAUAGAUGUUGACUUUGCUAGGAAACGACAAUCGAAGCUAGCAGCUAGUAAAGAAGUUGGAAGAGCGAGUGUACCACAAGCAAUGUCGAUGGACUUUACGAUACGUCCUCAAAAGGAGAAAAUUGACAAAAAACUCGAAGCUCUAGUCAAGUUUCAAAUGGACACUAGCAGCAUCCAUGGAAAUAUUAUCGACAAACUGAAGAAGAACAAGGCGCUCAGGAGGCAAAGCCUGCAAGUAAUGAAGGUUAGUGCAACACGGGCGCACUAUGGUUAA